GUUUUAUAUAAAAAAAGUUCAAAACUUUUUUUUUUAUGUAUUAUCCUGACAAUAUCUACUGCACUCAGUAAAUAUGCUCUGCUAUUUACAUGUCAAUCUUUAUACUAGCUUUUUUAAUAAAUACAGAAAUUUUAACAUUCUUCAGGGAGUUACCACGUAUUAGUUGAUGAUACAAGGAAUGGGAUUAUUUGUUUACUUGUAAGUUUAGAAACUGCAGCCCAGCAGGUUUUUGUUUAAUGUCCGCAGCGAGUGACAAAAAAAAUCAUGCAAAUUGUGUAUAAUCCUCAAACACUUUGAUUACUACACCCUAAAUUAUGACGUUAGCUGGUUGCAAUAUUUGUUGGCCUGGUGAGAAAAAAAAACUUUUUUUUCUUCUACGCCCACAUUAAACAUCGUAGAGCAUGAUUAGAGAUCGAGAUCAAUGUGUUAUCAAAAAGUCAAAGACCUUGGUCAAGUCUUGUCUUUCAGUGAACCUUAGGCAAGUUCCUGUAAAAUCAUCGGAUGAUCAAUGUGUUAUCAAAAAGUCAAAGACCUUGGUCAAGUCUUGUCUUUCAGUGAACCUUAGGCAAGUUCCUGUAAAAUCAUCGGAUGCCAAGCAAUACUUGAACAUGGCAAGUAUUAGAGACUGUGUUUUAUUGACUCACUUCCCUUUAAGGAGACCUUUAGAAGGCAGUAGGUCGUGGUCCAGCCAAUUGUUGAAAAACUUUAGGCAGCACCACGUUUUCAACCCGACAGCUGUAUGUAGGCUAUGGUUGCCCAGAAAAAGGGUUCUGCUUAAUGGACAAAAAUUACGCAAUUUUCUUUUUGACAGCCGCUCUGUUCCUGUGAAGCGUUACUGUCGGACAAAAUUACAAGAUACGGCUCUGGAUAGGAAUAGACAUGUUCCUGACUUCAUUAUUCGCUUUUACCAAGUUAAUUUGGACUGCAGCUACAAUUUAUUACAGACUCUGACAUGCAUAAGCAUAUAUACACUUUCGGUAGAAGAUGAGCUUAACGAGAUCGGAUAA